GGAGUGUGUAUCGGCUCGAAGCGAUACCCGUUAAGUCAUAUCUUAACAUUUUGGUGCUCUUGUUGAGAGAAUGGCGGCAACACCACCUGAUCCCAAUUCCACGGCGGCUCUUGCGGCAGCCAUGGAAAAGAAACUUUCAGAGAUGUUCUGGGAAUUUUCAGAAGUGCAAAAGGGAGCCAUACACCAGGAGAUUGUCUCGGUCCACAAGAAGAUCGACUCGCUGAACACCCGGAUCGAGAAGGUGGAGAGCAAUCAGGGAGAGGCGUCUCAUGUUCGGCACGACAAGGUAGUCCGCAACAGUGAAGAUGAAGGUUCCUCCAGGUUUCACCGAUUCAAGAUGGACCCUCCCGUGACGGAUGGGACGGAUCCGCACACCUGGUUGUUCAAGGCAAAGGAAUUCUUUGAAUUCAAUUCAAUCCCGGAUGAAAAGAGGUUGAAGGUGACCGGGUUGAUGUUAGACGGCGCGGCGGUGGAGUGGUUUCGAAGAAUGAAGAGGAACAAUCUGAUCAACACUUGGGCUGACUUCGAAGAGCAAUUUAAAUUCAGAUUCGACCCCGAGAUGGAAUUACGGGUCAACAGGCCCACGACGCUGAAUGGGGCAUUUGCACUGGCCCGAGAAACCUCCGCUAAGUACGACGAACUACAGACCCCCAUUAGAAGAAAUUGGGCUCCUCAAGGCCAUCGACCCAACACUGCUAAUCCUUCAGCCCAGACGGCGGCUAUAACACCAUAUGUGCCUCCCACUAAAACUCCACUGUUGGCUACUCCUAAAGGAAUCCCGGCAAGACCCAUACGAAGAAUAUCUCUGGCGGAAAAAUCUGAGAAGGACGCUAAAGGAGAAUGCUAUUUUUGCCCUGAAAAGUGGUCCCGAGGUCAUCGCUGUAACGGGCGAUAUUUGUUGUUGGUAACCAGCGAAGGAGAGGCGGACGACGAGGGAUUGAGUGUGGAAGCAGAGGCGGUGAUUGAAGGGGACGUCUCAGUAUUACAAAGCCUCGCGGGAACAACGACUCCUAGGUCGAUCAGGCUUAAGGGUGUGAUUGAAGGGCAAGACGUAGAUGUAUUGGUGGACGGAGGUAGUACGCACAACUUCGUGCAUCCAAAGACUGCCGAGAAACUACGGUCGGCGCUCACAGACAUAGAUCCUUUCAGGGUUUACGUAGGGAAUGGUGAUUCCCUAAUAUGCCGAUCACGUUGUAACCAAGUUUCAAUGAGGGUCCAAAACCACAUGUUCACGGUGGAUUUAUUCGUCUUGGCCGUUCACGGCCACAAUAUCGUUUUGGGAGUGCAAUGGCUGAGAUCGCUGGGAAAGAUCACGCAUGAUUACAGUAAAAUGACUAUGGAGUUCUUGUGGCAUGAUCAACCAGUUUUGCUCUGUGGAGAAGAGACACCAGUCAAAGCCAUUUCUUUGCAACAAUUGCAAAAUAUGCAGGCUGCUGAGUCAAUUGGGGAAUGCUUUGAAUUGUGGAC